AUGACCUCGACGUUCUUCAACAAUAAGGCCCGUGCUGCCGCUGUUUCGAGCAGCUCAAAGGCCAAGACCGAGACCAAGGAAGACACCACGCGGCAACAGCCCUGGGUUGAGAAAUAUCGACCAAAGACACUAGACGAUGUCGCCGCCCAAGACCAUACCACUAAGGUGCUGCAACGCACCCUUCAAGCAUCCAACCUCCCACACAUGCUCUUCUACGGACCCCCCGGAACAGGAAAAACCUCCACUAUCCUCGCCCUCGCCAAAUCCCUCUUCGGCCCCGCACUCUAUCGUUCUCGUAUCCUAGAACUAAACGCCUCCGAUGAGCGCGGCAUCGGCAUCGUCCGUGACAAAGUCAAGAACUUCGCUCGUGCGCAGCUCUCCCAACCAACCGGUCUAGACGCCGCUUACCUCGCGCAACACCCUUGCCCACCAUUCAAAAUCAUCAUCCUCGAUGAGGCGGACAGUAUGACCCAGGACGCGCAGUCUGCCCUGCGCCGCACGAUGGAAACGUAUAGUCGCAUUACGCGAUUCUGCCUCGUCUGCAACUAUGUCACGCGCAUUAUUGAGCCGUUGGCGAGUCGAUGCAGUAAGUUUCGGUUCAAGUCGCUAGAUAAUUCGGCGGCUGGGGUGCGGUUGGACAAUAUUGCGCGUAUGGAGAAUUUGAAGUUAGAAGAUGGUGUUGUUGAGACGCUUAUUCGGUGCGGUGAGGGUGAUUUGCGUCGGGCGAUUACUUAUCUUCAGAGUGCGGCGCGUCUUGCUGGGGCUGCGAAGUCCGGUGGGAAGGAUGCGGAUGAGGAUGCUGAAAUGACGGACGCUGGGGCUGACCAGGGAAUUAUUACUGUGCGCAGUAUUGAGGAGAUUGCGGGUGUUAUUCCUGAUUCUAUUCUGGAUAGCCUGGUACAGGCUAUGCAGCCGAAGGGCGGUGCGUCGGCGUUCGAUGCUGUCUCUACUGUCGUGACCGAUCUUGUGGCGGAUGGAUGGAGUGCUACGCAGCUUGUUGGUCAGCUGUACCGACGAGUUGUCUUCACCGAGACCAUUCCGGAUAUCCAGAAGAAUAGAAUCGUUCUAGCUUUCUCCGAAAUGGACAAGCGACUUGUUGACGGUGCAGACGAGCACUUGUCUGUUUUGGAUUUGACACUUCGCAUUGCUGGUAUCCUGCGUGGUUGA